AUGAAGUCAUUUUGGCAAUCUUAUAAAGCAUUACCACCUAGAACAAGAAUAUUACUUGGUUUAGACAAUGUGCGUGAAUCAGAAGUGGAGGAUGAAGAAAGUGUAGAAGAUAAAGUUGGAGUGAUACGACCUUAUGUAUCUGGUUGGGAGAAUGAUGAAUCUUUACCAAAUGGAUUGAAAUAUGAAGGCGUGGAUGGAUGUGAUGAAAAUGGGAAUCCUAUUUAUCGUCAAUAUGUUGGUGGAAGUGCUGGUCAAAGCUCAUUGAUCCAAUCGUUGGAUAUCGUACUUAACAUUGAACAUUAUCCAACCGGUAUUAAGCCAAUUACAAUCAAUAACUACAAUACUCACCAUUCUCAUAAUUCAUCUAAUGGGAACCUCAAUAACAAUAAUAAUGCGAGUAAAAACAAGCGGGAUCUACAUCAACAACAACCUUAUGUUUACAAGAUUCGUCAAAAUAUUCCUGGAAAUCAUCGAAGGUUUCUUGAAGAUUUGACAAAGGUUGCAAUCGUACGUGAUUAUAUUAUGUUAUGCAUUGGAUGCAAUGAUUCAGAAAUAAAUAAUAAACUGGAAAGUAAUAGAAUUUUUGAAAACAAUGAGUUGGUUGAAGCUUAUAAUGACUGUUUAGAUAAAAUGAAAACCUUCAGAUCAAAGCAUUUACAAAUCGUUAGUGUUUACAUUUUAGCCCAAGCAUAUAUCAUCGAUGACUCUGUUACUAAUGGUGCUUCUACCAUUAAAGGCAAUACUAUCAAUAGCUCUGCCACUAACAUUUCUGCCGCUAAUUCUGCUAAUGAUACUAUUGCUAAAAUUGCUACUAAUGAUACCACAACCACUAACACCACUAAUUGGCACGUUAGUAAUGAUCCAGUUUCAAAUGCCACUACUACCGCUAAUAUUAAAACUAAUGAUGUUAACAAAAAAAUUGUAAAUAAUAAAGUAACAACCACAUUAGCCAAAACUUCUAAUGAUUUAAAUAUAGUCAGAGGUACUGGUGGGACUGAUCUAAUCCCUUUUUUGAGACAGAUGAGAAAUGAAACUAAUUCUAAAGAAAUUAGAAUUUUAAAGGAUCAUCUGAUUUAA